AUGGGUCAUGGUGUUAUCCCGUCGAGCGAAUUUGAUAAUAGUUCAUACAUACAAGCAGUUCGAAUUAUACCUCCACGUUCUCCAUCAAAAGACGAAAAGUUUUACUUUGUUAUAUUAACUAUGAUCAAUGAAUACAAUAGUAUAUAUGAAUUCACCGGACACGAAGAACAAACUAUAGCUCGUGAAUCAUACGCAACGAACGAUUUAGAAUACUUUUUAAUUUCUCUUAAUUCAUCAAUCAAAGCCAUUUUUAUCACCGGCUUCUAUCCAUUACCUCUAGUCUCUGUCACAAACAUAAUUUUUUCAGAAACACGACAAAUAAAUUUUGUUUUAAUUCCGAACUACGAUACUACAUAUCACAUUCUGGUUUCAUCCAAAAAUCGAACAGUCACAUAUUAUACUAAUUCGACCGCCCCCAACAUAUUAGAACCCGAGAGUAACAUUUUUAUUCGAGAAAACACAUAUUGUAUUAUUUCAUUUGAAAUCGAAUAUAAUUCACAUAUGUUUGAAUUUACGAUUGAUUCUAUGGAACUUCAUAAUGAUUUCUUACGUGACCAAGACUAUUUUUAUGGUGCUCGCGAAUCUAACACUCAAAUUUCAUCCUAUUUUACAAGUCUCCUAAAUUUUGAAAGAUAUUCACCAAUAAGUCUAGGAAUAAUACCAACAAAUAAUGCUUCAGAUGUAUGCAUAUAUGUUCACUGCGCAUUCUUACCAAAUCCUUAUAUGGAUGGCCACGUCUUUGCAUAUGAUAGUAGCUCAAAAGAACUGAAUUUGAGCAAAGGAUAUUCUAAUAUUUCAUUUACAAUUAAUUCAACUCGAUAUCCAUCAAUUUUGUUUUAUUCAAAUGAUGAAGAAAUCGAUUAUGUAGUAUCAAGUCUGAGAGAUAUCACCAUUAACUUAUCAAAAUCUGAUUUUUAUUUACGAUUUAUGGUUUUUAAUGGUCUCUCAUAUCAAAUUUCAUCAAAAAAUUAUAAAAUUAAUAUUAUGUCUAACACUGCAUUCCAAACUUUACGAGCGAAUAUUAACGACACAUCAAUAAAUGGGUUCAUCAAGUUUAAAACAACAGACCUUUACAAGAAACCAUUUCUUAAUGAUUACAUUAAGUUUGAUAAUAAAUAUGAUUUCAAAGAUAGAAUUAGCGGAAUCUUUUUCCCUUUAAUGAUAGGAUUUAUCCUUCUUGGAUAUUUACUCGCAAUGCUGACAGCAUUCAGAAACAAAAUUUUACUCUAA